AUGCUGUUCAAGAUUUCGUGGCUGCUUAUUCUCUUGGUGCUCUGCCUGCAGUCGAGUUAUUCGAUCAAACGCAGAUGCCUUCAGCCGCUAAAGCUGGGUUCCGGGAAGGCUUACCUGCGCAAUUGGUUCUACAAUUCCACCUCUGAAAGCUGCCAGAGAUUCAUCUUCUACGGCGGUGCGGGUAAUGGUAACAACUUUCAGACCAAAGCACGUUGCCGAAAGGUUUGCCUUACCAAUUAG